CAGUCUGAAACAGGCAGCUGGAGGGGUAGAACGUGCGCGCGUGUUUGCUCCGCCUCUGCCGCCCACAGCCGCGAUAUAAAUCUGCCCCGCGGGUAUCGCUGACCUGACUGACGUGCCGCUCGAAAUACACGGGAAAAGGUGAAUAAACGACCUCCCAGGCAAGAAACUGAAAAGAAAUCGAGGAAAAAGUAUAAAAAGAAAGACAACAAUAGCAGAGUGGAGUGCAAGGAGCAAUAAAAGUGGACAACAGAAAGAGGCGGAAAAAUAACUUAGGAAGAGGAGACGAGCGGAGGAAUUCCAUAAAUAAACCGUGAAGAUGUGGCCAAACAACGCCAAUAACACAAGGGAAUAACAACAGAAAACGGGCGAAACUGGGAGGCGGGGGAGGUAAGGAAAGGUAAGGAGAGUUUGCCCCGCUUCACCUCACCUCUCCACGCCCCACCCAACCCCGCCUCGCCCCGCCCCGCCCCGCAGCCGAGGGUGGGGAUGAGCGGCCACCAUGACCAUGUCGACCACAGGGGAGCUCACCUCAGAGCAGCUGCACCAACUGUACCUGUGCAGCCUUCUACUGGGAAAAAAGGGAGCAGCCCAUAUUCUCCUGCAAGGCUCAUGUCUUUCACAUCGACCCCAAAACCAAGCGGUCAUGGAUCCCGGCUUCCUCAUCCGCAGUCUCCGUCUCCUUCUUCCACGAUUCCACCAGACAAAUUUACCGCAUCAUCUCUGUCGAGGGUCCCAAGGCCGUCAUCAACAGCACCAUCACCCCCAACAUGAUGUUCACCAAAACGUCACAAAAGUUUGGCCAGUGGUCAGACAUGCGAGCCAACACAGUGUAUGGCCUUGGCUUUUCCACUGAGGCUGAACUGAACAAGUUCAUAGAGAAGUUCCAUGAAGUAAAGGAGGCAACCCGCUCAGGAAAGACCAAUGGCACUAUAGUUGGGGCGGGUGCAGGCGGCGGCAGUGCUGCAGCUGGUGGUGGUGUGGGCGGUGGAGCGGGUGCUGUGUCCUCGUCCUCUGGUUCUGCUUCAGCCACAGCAUCGCCCCUCACCACACGUGCCAAGAACCAGCAGGACUCAGUGGGGGAGGUCAAUGCAGUGUCUUCAGGUCUGGACCACCUUGCCCUGGCCAACUCUAAUGACACUAAUGCCUCGCUGCUCAAAUCAUCCUUAGUUGCUCACCAGCGCUCACAAAGCCUCUCAGGUCUGCAGCCUACAGGAGAAAGUCCAAAGCACAAGCAGGGUGGGGCAGGUGGGGGAGGAGGGGGAGGAGGGGGAGACAAGGUGGGCGCUGCAGGUGCUGGAGGAAAUGUUGACACCCAGAUGCAGCUCAAAUAUGAAAAUGACCGACUCAAGCUUGCUCUUGCUCAAAGUUCUGCUAAUGCUAAGAAGUGGGAAAUAGAGUUGAAUUCACUAAAAACGACAAAUGCACGGCUCACGUCAGCCCUCCAGGAAUCCACUGCUAAUGUGGAAGAGUGGAAGAAGCAGCUACAGACCUACAAAGAGGAAAACAGUCGCAUGAAAACUCGUAUACAUGAACUAGAUGCUGGAGGACGGAUAGGCCUUGGUGAGUCUGAGGAGUUGGUGAAGGAAGUGGCUUCAUUGAGGGCAAGGCUGGAGAGUACAGAAGAGGAGCUCAGGUCCCGGGAGUCAACAAUAGAAGAGAUGGAGGUUCAGCUGCAGCGAGCUAGAGCAGAAGAUUUACGAGAGAAGAUGCAGCGAUUGAGCGAUGAGAAUGAACAACUGCGGAUGGAGACAGUGAGGGCUCAGUCUCAGCUGGAGGUGGCCAUGUCAACACAAGACACGCAGCGAGGGGUGGUGGAGAGCGUCAACCUGCAGCUUGGUGAUCGCAUCAAGGACUUGCUGGCCCUCCACCAUGAGUUGAACCACCUGCUUAACACUUGAGGGGGGCCAGGUCGGGGGCCGCCGGCCGCCCCACAGCACUCCGGCACAGCCCAGAGGAGGACCAUCCGCCUUCAGGCCGUGUGGCACGUGUAGUGAACGUGGGGAUUGCGGCCGCUUCUGACCUGGAAACACGCUAGCUGCUACUCUUGCAAUCUGUCUAUCUAUCUGUCCUUCCUAUCAUCCCAAACUGAGAAAUUUCUGGUGUCAUCAGUGACUUUGACCCCCAUCCAAUGACUUUAUUCCCUGUUGCUUGAUUCCUUAUCCCUUGUCUCCUAACUCUGAGAGUAGAGGAGUCUGUUGGUCUUUUCACAUACACAUCACACCACACCAUACCACACCACACCACACCACACCACACCACACCACACCACACCACACCACACCAUACACCACCACACAGUACACACCCACACCACGACAUACUGCACACACACU